AUGAGGCUGCUCCUGGCUGCCGCCUUCCAGCAAAUAAGAGUCAUACAAAAAAGACCUUACGUUUUGAUUUUAAAUCAGGUCGGAGAUGAGAGGAGGUCAGAACUGCAGAGCCUCUGGAGCUCAGCAGCAGCUGCAGCCGGUGUGUCAGCUCAGUCUUUCCUUCACUGCUUCACGCUGACCAGCUCUGCUUUUAAUCUGCAAGUGGCGACUCCUGGGGGGAAGCCCAUUGAUUUUGUGGAUGUGACCGAGAGCAACAGCCGCUGGAUUCAGGACUUCAGGAUGAAGUCUUAUGGCAGCCCUGCCAAGCUGGAGUCCAUUGAUGGUGCUCGAUACCAUGCAUUGCUGAUUCCAAACUGUCCUGGGGCUAUGAUUGACCUUGCAAACAGUGGGUACCUGGCCAGGAUACUGCAGCACUUCAGCACUGAGAACAAGCCCAUCUGUGCAGUUGGACAUGGAGUUGCAGCUUUGUGUUGUGCCACCAAUGAGGAUAAGUCCUGGGUGUUUCAAGGGUACAGCCUUACAGGGCCCUCUGUGUAUGAACUAGUGAGGCAGCCCAACUUUGCCAGCUUGUCCAUUAUUGUGGAAGAUUUUGUGAAGGAUUCUGGAGCUACAUUUAGUGCCAGCUCUCCGGAUGCUGUACACGUGGUGCUGGACAGGCACCUGGUGACAGGGCAGAAUGAGAAUUCCACUCUUCCUGCUGUCCAGAAUCUUCUUAUCCUUUGCAAUGUCAGGAAAUGAAGGAGCAGGUCUCUUUGCAAAUAGCCUGGAUGAAGAACCAGCAGGCUAAGGAAUUUCUUGUCUGUUAACUGGAUAAAACACCCCUCCAAAGUUCUGUCCUGGACUGUGAAGUGACUGUGACAGUG